CACUAACAUAAGCACAAGGGUGCUGAGGCUGAAGGGCCGAGGUAUCAGGCUCAGCUCUUUCAAUGCUUCCAAGAAGGAUAAUGUGAUGUCCUCGAAAGAAGACGAGGAGAACUUCACCAACAUCUUCAACAAGAUUAUGGAUCGCUCCAAGCAUUCCAAGGAGAAGACUGACGGGCUGUUGUUUGAGAAGACGUUUGCCAGCAUGGAUAGGCUGAAACACAGCGAGGUACAGCCGAAGCUGGUGAGAACUGGAGAGCUAAGUGCCAAUGUGUUUCUGAAGAAAAGCCUGAUGACGCAGAGGGAGGAUGGUGAACGGUUGAAGAAGCUGUCGCACUCUCUGAACGAGACGUUAAAGGCCAUAGAUGCCAUGGAGAACGACUUGGAGGUGUAUGAGUUCAUGGAGCCGUUGAUCAAGUCCAUGGACUCGAAGAUCAAUGGACAGCUGAAGUUUAACCAGGAGCUGCUGUCCAAGGUGGCAUUACAGUCCAAUGGUGAGCCAUUAUCACCGCUUUGUAACGAGUUCACCAUGCCCUACCUGCUGAUCAAAUGCAUCUCCAUAUUGAAGGAUAAGUUCAGGUCGCCUGACGUUGCCAUCUCGCUCUUUGAGCUGUCGAAGGAGCAGUCUCUGAAGACGUUUAUCUUCCUGUGUGUCAUUGGGGUCUACAACCAGAUGCUCCAGCUCUACUGGGACUCCUUCAAGUCCAUCGCCAAAGUGAACUCUCUAAUCACGGAGAUGAAGGUUAACGGUAUACAGGGCAACCACGAGACCACAAGGGUGCUACGCUCGAUAUCGAAGGAGUGCCAUACGAUGCUUAACUAUGACGACGACAAGUUCUUCUUCACUUUGGAGAACGGCGUUGAAGCCUGGGCUCCAAUGUGGAACAAGAACGACGAGCAGGAGCUGAAAAGCGUUGAUGACUAUAUAGCUGAUUUAUACGUCUACUUGGAGCAGGUUUAUUCUCAAUGAGGGAACAACGCUCGCCCUCGCCACUAUCUUCGAAGAAUAAGAAUAAUACGUUGGUGUAUAUUUACAGUGCACAUACUCUCUCUUGUAUAUACAUAAUACCCA